CGUUUUUAUUCAAUGUUGUUGUUCCUUUGCAAGUGCCUGACAGAUGCCACUCGGAUGAAAUAUGAAUUCGAGAUUAAGAUGGACGAUGAGCGACUGCGGUCUCCCGCCUUCCAGUUGGUUUACUCUUCUCUUUGAGGUGGAGUGGCCGAGCCGCGGGUGGGGGGCAAUGACAGCCUUGUCGAACACGACAAUCAAUUUAGCGGGAAUACUCGAAUUCAAAUUUAGCCGCCAGGCCUUGAGCACUGUUAAGGAUAUCCAAGUAUCGAUGUUUGAGGAGACAGAAAUGGGGAGCAGUCAUGGAAACAUGACGAACGACAACAACGAAACCUUGAGAUUGCAUCCCAAUGCAUCUAUCAGUGAAGACUACAUUUUCGACCGAAUUGACAUCAGGGUCAUAUUCAUCACGCUGUACUCCGUCGUAUUCUUCUUCUGCUUCUUCGGAAAUUUACUCGUCAUCCUGGUAGUAAUGUACUCCCGCCGAAUGCGAGGAAUCACAAACUUCUUCCUCGCAAAUUUAGCCCUCGCCGACUUGUGCGUCGGCGUCUUCUGCGUCUACCAGACACUGAUAAAUUACCUGAUGAACAGCUGGAGGCUGGGUGAUUUCCUCUGCAAGGCCUAUAUGUUCGUAACUGCCCUGUCCUACACCGCAAGCAUAAUGAUCCUUGUCUUGGUCUGCGUCGAACGAUAUCUGGCCAUCAUUCACCCCAUAAAGUGCAGAUCAAUGCUCACCAGGGGACGGUUGAGGGUCAUUGUGGCUGUUGUUUGGAUACUAGCUGCUGUGUACGCAUCCCCCAGAUUUAUCUACGUCGAGACGUACCACCACGAGCUCAACUCCGGGGUUGUCGAUAUCAUCUGCAUGGCGAAUAUCAAGAAGCACAACAAAAAUGUCCUCGACGCUGUCAAUUUAAUACUGCUCUAUCUGAUACCCCUUGUUCUCAUGUCAUGCCUCUACACGAGAAUUGCUGUUGCACUUUGGAAGAGUAGUGCUGCAUUCAGCGGCCCUGGAUUGGUCGCCAGAACGAGGAAUGGAAGGGUUCAUCAUGUUCAUGCCUCGAGUAAAAAUGUUCUCAGGGCGAGGAGAGGGGUUAUCAGAAUGCUGAUCGCAGUGGUGGUAAUGUUUGCGGUCUGCAAUCUGCCCCAACAAGCUCGUAUGUUGUGGCUCCACUGGACCUCGACUUACAAACCAAACUCCCACUUCAGUACAAUCUUCACGGUUUCAGUACAACUCAUAUCCUACAUGAACUCGUGCCUGAAUCCCCUGCUGUAUGCAUUUCUAUCCCGAAAUUUUCGCAAAGCAAUGAGAGAGUUAUUCGCCUGUCACAGCCGUGGCCCAGGACGUGGCCUCGGUAGGGGCUAUGCCCCUGGGGAUGUUGCUCGUCUUGAGAAUGGCCACACAGCCAACAUGCCUCACAGCUCUGUGAUAAGACUCAGUUCAGCCCAUGACAGCCCGUGCACAACACACACAAUUACAAGACAAAGUACAUUUGUCAAGAGCUCGUGAAAUUCAUUCAUCGGCAUCACAGCCGAUUUGCCGCUGAGUGACCUAGGAGAUAGAGCCACGAGAAGUGAGAAUUUACGAACUGAUACCACUAACACAACUCGACUCUGAGACACAACCAGUAUUGAAUGCAUCGAUCAUGCUGUUAUAUGUAUUACGUGUGUGCACGUGGAGCUACCUCUCACGUGUUCAUUCCAGAGUUGGGCACGAUUUUGUGAAAAUCAAGUGGAAAUACUAUUUCAUAUAGUCCGGCACGAGGGAAUACCAUUUCAAAUAGGCAUUUCGAGGCGACUAUUUCAGGCGAUCAAAUAGUAUUUAUUUAGUUGUCUUUCGGAAAUUGAAAUAAAGUAGACAUUUGAUAUUUCAUUUCAAUGGGAUGAAAGAUGAAGUAGUAUUUAAUUAUUUAUUUGAUGAGUUAAAUCUACAUGAGUUGGUGUUUUUUUUCAUUCUACGAAUUCAUUUACCGUAAGUAUGAUGUCAAUAAAAACGCAAAUAAAAAUCACAUUCAUGUUUGAAUAAAGUUUUCAUUAGACGCUAUUCAAAUGAACCAUUUCUCCACUUUUCUAUUUUAGUAGAAAUUUUACUUCGUUCAAGAAUAAAAAAUUAAACAUAAUUUCAUUCAUGUCCAGAAUGUCAGCAAUGGAUUCAUAAACUAGAAUAACGCAAGAGCCGAUUAUUUUUAAAGAAAGUGCAAUUGAUUCUAGUGAAAAAUAUUUCAAGUUUUAUAAACGUCAUAUUGAGUAUGCCCCAGGACAUUGAGUGCAAUUGUCCUGAAAAUGCAACUUCCUUUGUAACAUUGCGGAAUAAAUUCAUUAUUAAUAAAAGGUUGAAAACUGUUGGUGAAUUGUCUUUAAGCCUCCAUAUGAUUAGACUUUAAACGAGUAGUUUAUAAGCCCCGAGGGGUAUGAAAAUUUUUGUGUACGAGAUAUUUGGCAGCAAAGGAGAAAUUGAAUAAAGAUUGAAUGUCAUCGA